CGAACUUGGAACGCUGACGAGAACGUCAAACCAUCAACCACUCAGAUCCAACAUCACCCGAAUAUUGCGCGUUCGACACGAAUUCAACUACAUCCCCCAACAAAUUCUACAAUUCGGCGUCCGACCCCUAUCACGACCGAAAUUAGUCGCAUUUGCAAUCCCCUCGAUAUCCUGUCAUUCUCCAGCCUCCUUUCACGAUGUCGAACCCUCUCGAUACCGAUGCUGGCUCUGAGCUCUUCAGCUCAUACGAGGCUGAAUUCAAGCUCAUCCAGGCCGACCUAAACCAAAAGCUGGACCAGAUUCCUGAACUAGCUGGUGAGCCUCGAAAGGCCGCUAUCAGCCAAGCCGAGCGGGCGCUUGAGGAACUUGAUGAGCAGCUCAGCGCAAUGCGCCUGGAAAAGCAAAACAUCCCCACCAGCUCUCGCACCAAGGUCAAUCAGCGCUUCCGAAACUACGAGUCAGACACAGAUGCUGCUCGUCGCAAGUUGACCACUCUCUCCUCCGAUCGAUCAGCACUUUUCGGAUCGCGAUACACAGACGACCCCGCUGGCUCAUCAGACAUUCACAUGGAGCAGCGACAGCAGUUGCUCUCGGGGACCGACCGUCUUGAUCGAAGCACACAGCGAUUGAAGGCCAGCCAGGCCCUCGCCAACGAGACCGAAGCCAUCGGCGCAGGCACCCUAGCAGACCUCAGCAGGCAGCGAGAAACCAUCGAGCACACUCGCGGCAUAAUGCUGGAGAGUGAGGGCUACGUGGACAGGAGCGUCAAGACACUCAGGGGCAUGGCGCGUAGGUAAAGUGGCCCACACAGACGUCA